GAUGAUGACGCUAAACCAAAACAACAAGCCAAAUUUCAAAACGAUCCCAGUCGCUUGUUGUGAGGAAAUCUCGGAAUCUCUUCCAGUAGUUCUGAAAUACGUGAUUGCUAGGUACCCAACGAUGGUCAAACGAUGUGCAGCUAUAUUUUGUGGAAAAGAAAUAGACCGUCACGAUGAGCAUUACCCAUUUCCAACCGGAUCCUCCAGUCAAACGUUCCGGCUUCGGAUAUGGCGCCAGCGACUGCUCGUUCACAGGGCAGGACCGAACCAGUUCGCUUGCGGCCGGCACUUCUCCGAGGCCCAGUUUGAGGCACGAAAUGGAAGCCCGAGAGAGAUGAGACUAGACGCCGUUCCAGAUAGGAACAUCGUUCGGAGAACCAUCGAUCCGGAAGACCCGCUGGAUGCCGUCUGUCGGUUGUGCUUGGAACGCAUCAAAAGUGACUGCCACCUGAUUCAUCCCGUUUGGCCGGCCCCGGAGGUGCCCAGCGCGAAGGACAUCGAGGAGGUGUUCGGCGUGGUGGUCCCGAAAAACGAUUCCAUGCCCCGCCUGAUAUGCCUAACAUGUGUGACGAAAGUAAACUACGUAAUGCGCAUCCGGAAUCAGUAUAGGAAAAACGAUGCCAUUUUCACCAAGAAAUGGACCCCAAAAAAGGAAACCGUUAAAUCUCCCGCCAAAACCAGAAGCGAGAACGAUCGUCGAAGUGCCGAGCAGGAUUCCAUUACUAUAAUACCUCACAGUAGUCUCCAGGGCCAGAUGAAGUCACACCCUUCAACGUCGGAAGCACUGUUGACAGAAAGUCCCACUCCAGGACAGUCUCUCGCGGAGGUCGCUCCCGUUAAUCACACUCCCAAGAUAGCCGCCGUGGCCAGCUAUGGAAAGAAUCCGGUAGCCGCUUCCUCCAGCAGUAUUGAUCCCGCUAGUGAGCGGGUGCUGAGCAAUGCCUACGGCGAGCUUGUCUACAUCCAGAAGGGAAACACCUACCAGCGGUUCCAGAUUAUCAGCAGCAACCAGAUCGGGUUGAGCUGCGAACGCGAAGAAGUGGUCCAUACUUCGACGGAUUGCCGGGUGCUGCCGUCGGAUCCGGGUGACGAGGUGGAAAUACUCUACACGGAUGGGAAUACAGAGAUCCCUGCGGACGCCAAGCUGGUGAAGCUGGAGUUUGAACCGGCGUUGGACUUUGGCAAUCUGCAAGCGGACGACACGCACCUGCUCGUAGAGGAAUUGGAAGAACUGCCGGAGAAGAGACCCAGAAUCGAUAAACCGUUCCGGUAUGAUCAGGUCAAGGACGAACCGGGCGAGGACUGAUAGAUGUAUGAAAUUGAAUUAGAUAUAUUACGUCAAAUUGUAUGAAUUGUA